AUGGCUUUAAACCACCCAAGUAUUUUGAACAAGUUCAUUAAAUUCCCGAAUACACCAGCAGCUAGAGAACUUAUAAAGCAAAAUUUCUACAACAAAUAUGGUAUUCCCGGAGUUGCAGAUGAAAAAUGUCACAUUUUGGCAAUCAACCCUAAAUUUGGGGGUGCUAGCCAUGAUGCCUUUGUGUGGGAGAACAGCCAGCUCAACACAUACAUGCAAACAUUGCAUCGAAAUGGUGAAUCUGUGUGGCUUCCAGGUGACUCUGGAUACCCACAAAGACCGUGGCUUAUGACACCAUAUAAUAACCCUGCACCCGGUAGUGCAGGAGAAACAUUCAAUAAGUUACACAGUAGGGCGCGUGUAACUAUUGAAAAUACAUUUGGACGCUUGAAAAAUAGAUGGAGAUGUUUGUGUAAGGAUAGGGUGCUCCACUACAAGCCGGAAAAAUGUGCCCAAAUUAUUUUAGCAUGCAGUGUGUUGCACAACAUAGCACUGGAUUUAGGAGUGCCAGAUCCUCAGGAACAAACAAUAGUUAAUAAUCAAGAUUUCCCUGAAAAUGAUGAGGUAGAGGAUGAUGUUACCCUGUUGAAGAGGGCUAGAGGUGUA